AGCAGGAAGCCAGGCCCGGGGCUGAAGCAAACCCGAGGGCCCCUCCGUCCCUCCGGUCCCCGCAGAGAAAAGUCCCCAGGCCCGGGGUGGGGCGCGGCGCACCCCCACCCGGCAUGUCCACCUCCUUGGCCGCGGCGGCCGGCGCGCUUCUGGCCCUGCUCGGGCUGGGCGCGUGCUGCAGCCCCGUCGUGGCCCGCAGCGCGUGGCAGGCGCGGGCGCCCGGGUGCUCGCAGCGCCUCCAGCACCCGCUCCGCUACGUGGUGGUCUCGCACACGGCGGGCAGCCCCUGCCACAGCCCGGCCUCCUGCCAGCAGCAGGCCCGCAUCGUGCAGCACUACCACCAGCAGACGCUGGGCUGGUGCGACGUGGGCUACAACUUCCUGAUUGGAGAGGAUGGGAAUGUGUAUGAAGGUCGUGGCUGGAACAUCAAGGGUGCCCACACAGGUCCCACCUGGAACCCCAUAUCUAUUGGCAUCACCUUCAUGGGCAACUACAUGGAGAGGGUGCCUCCGAAACGCGCCCUCCAGGCUGCCUUGAACCUGCUGGACUGUGGCGUGGCUCGGGGGUUCCUGAGACCCAAGUAUGAGGUGAAGGGACACCGCGACGUGCAGCAGACGCUCUCCCCAGGAGACCAGCUCUACGAAGCCAUUCAGAGUUGGCCGCACUACCGCGAGUGAGGCUCGGCAACGCCGCGAUAUGGCUCCAGAAAUGGUUCCCGCCUCCGCCUCCGCCCCAACCGUCCUCCCUCCUGCUACCCGGUCCUCCAAUAAAGGUGCAGUGGAUUUCUGGGGGGUUAAAAGAGGGGUGCUGGAGUGAAGAGCCCUGGCAGGUCAGAGUGAAUGGGCUGCUCGCCCCUGCGGUAGGACGGGCGGGGCGGGGGCCGGUUCUGAAGAGCUGGUAAUUCGAGGGGUCAGCCUUCAACCGCAAACUGCCCCCCGCCCGCGUUCCUGCCUGGGCACAGACCUGUGGCCUGGGACGCCCGCCUCCCUCCCGGAGUCACUGCAGACUCGAACCUGCCCCCCGGACAGAAUCGCCGCCCAGCUGGCCGUGGCUCCUCCAGGCGUGGGAGACACUCACCGGGCUGGACCCGCUCCAGGGCGAGGGGCUGGGCGGCUUCCCGCGGCCACGGCGGGGGCUGCGGAGAGAGCACAGGAGGGGUCUUUGUGCCUCCCACUGGCCUGGCUCGGGUAGAGACCCUCGGCCUCUGUCCUCUAGUCGCCCCUCCAAGGGGCGGUUCCGGUCUCCACGGCACCCUUCCGAGACGGCCCUUCCCGCGGUCCACGUUUACCCUCUGGACAGCGACUCGGAGAAGUCCUCGAACUCGCUGCAGGAGCUGGCCGACGAGCAGCGGCUGCGGAAGCUGUCCACUGGGGGA